AGUAUAUAUAGAUUUCUAGAGAGAGAGAAACCUAAAAGAUACGAAGAGGAAAUGAAGCAGCAGAACUCGUCGACGUCAUCCUCAUCUGAGGCGGUAUCAUCUUCAUCCUCCUUGUCUUCAUUGGACCAAUCUCAUGCUUCCGUACCCAUGACGCCAUCCACGUCGAUGGCGCCGGCGGCGGUGCAUUCUGACAAAUCAGCUCUCGCGCUAGCGCCGGCGACAGAGGAUCCGGCGGCCUCCAGGGACCCUACCGGAGGGCAAGAGUCAGUCGUUGUAGAGAGGCGUGGAGACUUCGCCGCGGUGUGCAAAUGGAAUAUACAUAAUUUGCCUAAGGUUAAGGCUAGGGCGCUUUGGAGUAAGUACUUUGAAGUCGGAGGUUAUGAUUGCCGUCUUUUGGUUUAUCCUAAAGGUGACUCUCAAGCUCUUCCAGGUUACAUCUCAAUCUAUCUCCAAAUCAUGGACCCUCGAGGCACCUCAUCGUCUAAAUGGGACUGCUUCGCCAGCUACCGCCUCGCCGUUGUGAAUCAUCUGGACGAAUCCAAGUCUAUUUAUCGAGAUUCUUGGCAUCGUUUCUCCAGCAAGAAGAAGUCGCAUGGUUGGUGUGAUUUUACCCCGUCAGCUUCCAUUCUCGACCCUAAAUCUGGGUUUCUCUUCAAUAACGAUUCGGUACUAAUAACUGCCGAUAUACUUGUAUUGAAUGAAUCCGUAAGUUUUUCACGUGAUAACAAUGAAUUGCAAUCAAAUUCUUUGUCGCCGUCGACUGUAACAGGACCGGUUGGUGAUGUUUUGAGUGGCAAAUUUACUUGGAAGGUUCACAACUUUAGCUUAUUCAAGGAGAUGAUUAAGACUCAGAAAAUAAUGAGCCCAGUUUUCCCAGCAGGCGAGUGUAAUCUGAGAAUUAGUGUCUACCAGAGCUCAGUUAAUGGCGUCGACUAUCUCUCAAUGUGCUUGGAAAGUAAGGACACCGAGAAAACAUUGGCAUCUGAUCGGAGUUGUUGGUGUUUGUUUCGAAUGUCGGUGUUAAAUCAAAAACCUGGGAUGAAUCACAUGCAUAGGGACUCUUACGGCCGUUUUGCUGCAGACAACAAAAAUGGGGACAACACUAGUUUAGGAUGGAAUGAUUACAUGAAGAUGUCAGACUUUAUUGCGCCAGAUUCAGGAUUCCUUGUGGAUGAUAUGGCUGUGUUCAGCACAUCCUUUCAUGUGAUUAAGGAGCUCAGUAGCUUCUCAAAGAAUGGGGGCCUCAUUGCAGGCAGGACAGGAAGUGGAGCAAGGAAAUCUGAUGGGCACAUUGGAAAAUUUACUUGGAGGAUUGAAAAUUUCACGAGGUUGAAAGACUUGCUGAAAAAGAGGAAGAUAACAGGUCUUUGUAUCAAGAGCAGAAGGUUUCAAAUUGGCAAUCGUGAUUGUCGGCUUAUAGUUUAUCCCCGCGGACAGUCUCAACCACCAUGUCACCUUUCAGUAUUUCUUGAGGUUACUGAUUCAAGAAACACGUCGACUGAUUGGAGUUGUUUUGUUAGCCACCGGUUAUCUGUUGUUAACCAGAGGAUGGAGGAGAAGUCCGUCACAAAAGAAUCACAAAACCGUUACUCCAAAGCUGCAAAGGACUGGGGUUGGCGUGAGUUUGUGACUCUGACUAGUCUCUUUGACCAAGACUCGGGAUUUCUUGUUCAGGACACUGUUGUAUUCUCUGCUGAGGUACUAAUACUCAAAGAGACGUCUAUAUUGCAAGAUAUUAAUGAUCAAGAUACCGAGAUGAAUUGUAGUUGCAUCACUCCGGCAGAUAGAGUUGGGAUCAGGAACUCAUUUACAUGGAAGGUGGAAAAUUUCCUCUCUUUCAAGGAUAUAAUGGAGACCCGCAAAAUCUUUAGCAAAUUCUUCCAAGCGGGUGGAUGCGAGCUUCGCAUCGGUGUGUACGAGUCUUUUGAUACAAUUUGUAUCUAUCUGGAGAGUGAUCAAUCAGUUGGAACUGAUCCUGAUAAGAACUUCUGGGUGAAAUAUAGGAUGGCUGUGGUCAAUCAAAAGAACUCUGCCAAGACUGUGUGGAAAGUGUCUUCAAUAUGUACCAAGACAUGGAAUAACUCAGUUCUCCAAUUCAUGAAGGUUUCAGACAUGCUGGAGGCUGAUGCCGGUUUCCUUGUACGCGACUCAGUCGUGUUUGUUUGUGAGAUCAUAGACUGCUGUCCCUGGUUUGAGUUUGCGGACCUGGAGGUUUGGGCUUCUGAUGAUGACGAAGAUGCUCUGACCACUGAUCCUGAUGAACUUAUUGACUCUGAAGAUAGUGAAGGGAUAAGUGGAGAUGAAGAAGAUAUUUUCAGAAACCUUCUCUCCAGGGCAGGAUUUCACCUCACGUAUGGAGACAAUCCUUCAGAGCCACAGGUUACUUUAAGAGAGAAGCUUCUAAUGGAUGCUGGUACAAUUGCUGGAUUUCUGACGGGACUGCGGGUUUAUUUGGAUGAUCCUGUGAAAGUAAAGCGUUUGCUUCUUCCAACCAAGAUAUCUAGUGGUAAUGAUGGAAACAAAGCAAACAAAAAUGACGAAUCAUCUCCUAGUCUAAUGAAUUUGCUGAUGGGAGUCAAAGUUCUGCAGCAAGCAAUUAUUGAUCUGCUGUUGGAUAUAAUGGUGGAAUGCUGUCAGCCUUCUGAAGGAAGUUCUAAUGACAAUUACUCAGAUGUAAACUCAAAAAAUUCUCCAGAAAGUGGGGUAAUAAGCUCGCUGGAAGCUGACAGAGACAACGGAGCAACUGAAUCUGCAACAUAUCCUGUCAAUGACAGAUUGGAUGCAGCAGCUGUUGAAAGCACUGUUACCUCUGCAGUACAAAGUUCUGAUAUGAAUAGAUUCAAUGUACCUGUUAAAAAAACUGUAGCUGGACAGUCUAUUUGCCCCCCUGAGACGUCAGGCACCGAUUCUUCAGAAAGUGCUUCUCUUGGCUCUAAGACUAAAUGGCCAGAGCAAUCAGAGGAGCUUUUAGGUUUGAUUGUGAACUCACUAAGAGCAUUAGAUGGAGUUGUACCUCAAGGAUGUCCAGAACCAAAACGGAGGCCGCAAUCUGCCCAAAAGAUUGCCCUUGUUUUGGAUAAGGCUCCUAAGCAUCUGCAGCCUGACCUCGUUGCUUUGGUGCCCAAACUAGUCGAGCAUUCAGAGCAUCCGCUUGCUGCUUGUGCACUUAUGGAGCGGCUUCAGAAGUCUGAUGCUGAACCUUCUCUCAGAAUUCCUGUUUUUGGGGCUCUAAACCAGUUAGAGUGCAGUACUGAAGUCUGGGAACGGAUUCUCUACCAGUCUUUUGAGCUUUUGGCGGACUCGAAUGAUGAACCUCUUGCAGCAACUGUGGAUUUUAUAUUUAAGGCUGCAUUACAGAGUCAACAUCUUUCAGAAGCGGUUAGGUCUGUUCGUGUUAGGCUAAAAGACCUUGGAGCUGAUGUGUCCCCAUGUGUCCUUGAUUAUUUAGGUAGAAUGGUAAAUAGCUGUGCAGACGUUUCUGAAGCCAUUUUAAGAGAUAUAGAUUGUGACAGUGACUUGACCAAUAAUAGGCCAACAACGCCUUGUGGGGUCUUUGUUUUUGGUGAAAAUGCGACUAUUUCCGAAAGAUUGCAUCCUAUAGACGAGCAAUCUUUCCAAGCUAGUUGUCAUUUUUCAGACAUCUAUGUCUUGAUUGAAAUGUUAUCCAUUCCUUUCCUUGCUGUUGAAGCUUUCCAGACUUUUGAGAGAGCAGUAGCUCGAGGGUCAGUUACGGCUCAGUCUGUAGCCAUGGUCUUGGAAAGACGGCUUGCACAAAGAAUAAAUACCGCCUCACAAUAUGUUGAAGAUAAUUUACAGCAAUUGGAUGUGGUAGGAAUAGAAGAAGAAACCAUUGAGCCCAUUGAGCAGUUGAGAGCCCAGAGGGAUGAUUUUGCAUCUAUACUUAGUCUUGCUGAGACUCUUGCUCCUUCUCGAGAUGCCUCCGUUAGAGGCUUCGUAAAGAUGUUGUAUACCAUAUUGUUCAAAUUGUAUGCUGAAGAGUCCUACAGAUUGAGGAUGGUUAAGAGACUAGUUGAUCGUGCUGUAAGCACAAUAACUGAUAGUAGCCGUGAGAUAGACCUGGAUAUGGAAAUUUUGGUAAUACUAAUGUGUGAAGAACAAGAAAUAGUACGGCCAGUUCUAAGCAUGAUGCGUGAGGUAGCUGAACUUGCAAAUGUUGACAGAGCAGCUCUUUGGCAUCAGCUAUGUGCCAGGGAAGAUGAAAUUGUUCGUAUUUGUGAGGAGAAAAAGAGCGAGAUUUCCAUCAUGGCUAAAGAGAAGGCUGCUUUGAUGCAAAAACUAAGCGAUUCCGAGGCUGUUAACAGCCGUCUCAAGUCUGAGUUGAAGGCGGAGAUGGAUCGUUUUGGUCGGGAGAGGAAGGAUCUAUCGGAACAGGUACAAGAAGUGGAGAGUCAACUUGAAUGGUUACGGUCUGAGAGAGACGACGAAAUUGCGAAGCUUGUAUCUGAUAGGAAAGUUCUUCAAGACCGUGUCCACGAUACAGAAACACAGCUUGCACAGCUCAAGUCUCGGAAACGGGACGAACUAAAGAGAGUUGUGAAGGAGAAGAAUACUCUAAAUGAGAGGCUAAAAUGUUCUGAAGCAGCACGGAAAAGGUUUGAUGAGGAGCUGAAACGGUAUGCGACUGAAAACAUUUCUCGGGAGGAAAUCCGUCAGUCACUUGAGGAUGAAGUUCGAAGGUUAACGCAGGCAGUAGGACAAAGCGAAGGAGAAAAACGUGAGAAGGAAGAACAGAUUGCUAGAUGUGAAACAUACAUUGACGGCAUGGAAUCAAAGUUGCAAGUUUGUCAGCAAUACAUUCACAGCCUUGAGAUAUCAGCCCAGGAAGAGAUGUCUCGACAUGCACCUUUAUACGGUGUAGGUUUAGAAGCGCUAUCCAUAAAGGAGUUGGAGACAAUAGCACGUAUACACGAAGAAGGUCUGAGGCAGAUUCACACCCUCCAACAACAGCGUAAGGGUAGUAGUCCCGUUCUUCCCACACAACAACAACAACAACACCAUCAUGGGUUGUUAUUCCCUGUCCCUGGUGGUGCAGCUGCUGCUCCUCCAAUGGCGGCGGCUGCAGCAGCAGCAGUAGGGUUGCUGCCACCUUCUUCCCUCAUCCAAAAUGGUGUCGUACAUGGAAAAGGACAUCAUCAUGUCAAUGGUAACAUAGGAGGAGGAGGAGGAGGAUCUUGGUUCUGCCAUUCUACUACACCCAUGUAGAAUGAUAUUUAAUACAUAUCCUAUCCUAUCUUUAACUUGUUGUUUGUCUGUCUAUUAAGGAUAGACGACAACAACAACAACAACCAUGAAGAAGCUAUUGCUGCUAUUUGGGUUGGGUUUUGGCGUUUUUGGAAUAUGUACCGUCUAAACAAUAAGAUAGAAUGCCAAAGCUAUAUCCAAAAUGUGUCCAAAGGAAAAAAGAAAAAGUAAAAAAAAAAAAGAAAGAGUCCUUAUCCUAGUCGUCUUCGGUCGGUGGGGUUUUUGUUUUAUAGGCUCUAGAACAACACAUUAUGUGUAUCAACAACAUACAUCCACUUAUUGUCACCAUUUCUUUGUCCUCUUCAAUGGAAAAAAAAAAGCUUUACUAUUUAUA